GCUUUGGGGGCGUGGCAAUUAGAGACGGAAGCUGUUGUACAGUCACCGAGUCACUUCAUGAGCCCUGGGGGUGAGGGACCUUCAUCCUGUAACACUGAAUUGGGGGCAAUGCAAAGCCUCAAGAAGACUGGACCAGUGUCUCUGCAGCUGCCACUCCAAUCUUUCUGAUCCCAAACGAGCCGGCUCCUGCCAUGGCGUCCCACCUGAAGUACAUAUCACUGGGGGUGCUGGUAUUCCAGACCACAACUUUAGUACUAACAAUGCGCUACUCCCGCACGCUGAAGGAAGAGGGGCCACGCUACUUGUCCUCCACAGCUGUAGUAGCAGCAGAGGUGCUGAAGAUUGUGGCCUGUAUUGUGCUAGUCUAUAAAGAAAAUAGUUACAGCGUUAGAUCUUUGAGGAGAGUGCUGCACGAUGAGAUAAUCAACAAGCCGAUGGAGACCCUGAAGCUGGCCAUACCUUCCGGCAUUUACACCCUACAGAAUAAUCUCCUCUAUGUAGCACUGUCCAACCUUGAUGCAGCCACUUAUCAGGUGACCUAUCAGCUCAAAAUCCUCACCACAGCGUUGUUCUCGGUGUCCAUGCUUCAGAGGCAACUGACAAAGUACCAGUGGAUUUCAUUGCUUAUCCUGAUGUCUGGAGUAGCAUUAGUUCAGUGGCCGGACGAUUCUUCGACUGCCCCUAGCAAAGAGGUUUCCGUGGGCUCUGGGUUUGUGGGCCUCAUGGCCGUCUUCACCGCUUGCUUUUCCAGUGGCUUUGCCGGAGUCUAUUUUGAAAAGAUUCUUAAAGAAACAAAGCAGUCAGUGUGGAUACGGAAUAUACAGCUGGGGUUUUGGAUGGAUAUUUGGCCUAAUGGGAGUUUUCAUUUAUGAUGGAGAGCGAGUCUCUCAGGGGGGAUUCUUCCAAGGAUACAAUAAUCUGACAUGGGCUGUCGUGGCUCUGCAGGCUCUGGGCGGUUUGGUGAUUGCUGCGGUUAUUAAAUACGCUGAUAACAUCUUAAAAGGAUUUGCAACAUCCCUGUCCAUCAUUUUAUCCACACUCAUCUCCUACUUCUGGCUGCAGGAUUUUGUCCCCACCAGUGUAUUUUUUGUCGGGACAUUGCUAGUGAUUGCCGCUACGUUUCUGUAUGGCUACAUCCCGAAACCAUCGGCAAACCCUAUUAAAGCCUGAGGACUGGCUGAUAGAAUGAUGGUAUUACUGUAAGGCCUAGCUGCUGUGUGUCCUGGAUGCGCCUGAGCAAAGGGGGGACACCCAGCUAGCUCUGCUGCUCAUUGGCUAACGGCCGAAGGACAUGAAGCUGCUGAUGUCUAACAAGAUGGAUCCUAUUUUAAUUUAAAGUAAAAAAAAAAAAAAAA